AUGAGCUCUCCAUUCAAAGUUAUAGUCGUUGGCGGCGGUCCCGUCGGACUCAUUACGGCGCAUGCACUUUCACGUGCCCAAAUUGAUUUCACAGUAUUAGAGGCAAGACCUCAAAUUGUGGAGGAGGCGGGUGCAGCACUGAUUAUAUCGGCGACCGGUCUCCGAGUGCUAGGGCAACUCGGACUGCUCAACGCAUUGGAUCUUGCUGGCUGCGACUUGACUCGCUGGACCCGCAUUGAUCACGACAGAAACGAUCUGGGAGACGUGCUGACGCUGCAAUUCACGAAGGAGAACCAUGGUCGAUAUCCAUUCUUGAUCGCUCGUGAUGCUCUGACCAAGGUCUUGUAUGAGAGUUUAUCACCGGCAGACCAAGCUCGAAUCUUGCCGAGCAUGAAAGUCUGCGAGGUACAAACUAGUGAUACAGGCGUGGUGGUAAAAUGCACCAACGGGACCACGGUGGAAGGCAAUAUCCUUAUCGGUGCAGAUGGCGCACACAGCAUAGUUCGAGAAAGUGUGCGAAACCUGGCCCUCCAAAAAAACGAUGCCUUUGAGAACGUUGAUCAUCGUGUGAAUAGCGACAACCCGUUCCUCACAACUUAUCGCUGCAUGUGGCUGAGAUUCCCAACAACGUCUGAUAUGAUACCCGGCCGUGUCUUGGAGACACAUGGUCCGCGUUUUGCGAUUCAGCAAUUCUGUUCUGUCAAAGAGGGCUUUACAGCCAUGUAUGAGCUUUUUGAUGAACCGACACGCAAGCGUUCACGAUACACCAAAGCCGAUGCUCAGGCAUUCAUUAGCAGAUGGGGCCAUAUCCCAGCUGGGGCGGGCGGCACGGUGCAAGAUUUAUACCAGGCAAGCACCAGCCAUGGUGUCGUUGACUUGGAGGAGGGGGUCUUGGAGCACUGGAGCUGGGAUCGCAUCGUCCUUGUGGGUGAUGCUGCGCACAAAUUUACCCCGAGCAUCGGACAGGGCGCCAACAAUGGUAUUAUUGACGUUGUGGUACUUAUGAACCAAUUGACAAAAGUAUUGAAGGAGUCUCAGAGCCAAGACCCAGCAAAGCUUCUAAUUACGGAUGAGCUUACGUCCGCAUUUAAGCAUUACUAA